AUGCAUUUUAUAAAUUCAAUUUUAGCGUUGUUUAUAGUUUUGCUCUAUCAAAUAUCUAUCAAAAAUGAUCACUUACGUGAUUUACGUGAAUUUUGGUCUUAUAUUAAUGGCAGCGAAAAUUUCACGAUAAAAUUUAUGGAUGAAACGAUUAAAUCAUCGCUACUAAUUCUUCCUAACGUUGAAGCAUGCAAAAAAGGAUCAAAAUAUUUGAUUGUAAUCAUUUCAAGAACAGAAUCGUUUAGUAUCCGUAAUGCAAUCCGUGAUACAUGGCUUAAUUCUAAGAAUGCAAAUAUUUUAAGGAAUGGAUUUAUUGUUGCAUACUUUCUGGUUGGUAUAAAAUAUGAUGAUAGUACGAUAAUGAUGAAAAUUAUUGACGAGAGUAUGAAAUACAAUGAUUUAAUUGUUACAUCACUUACGGAUACGUAUGAUACUCUUACAUUUAAGGUUUAUACAGCGAUGUAUUUCAAGCAAGCGUACUGUAAAUAUGUGAGAUAUUAUAUCAAAGUAGAUGAUGAUGUUGUGAUCGAUUUGGAUCGCCUCGAUCAGCAAGCUAAUUCAUUUUCAAAUUUAGCUCAUAUUUAUGGAGCUAUACGUUACAAUGAUCGUGUCAUUAGGCGACGAAUGGAUAAAUAG